AUGAACGUCAUACUCCACCUCCACAGGAAGGAACUCUGGUUCACCUGGCCCCCAACAGUUGAUAACUUGACCAAGUGUUGGAAGGAGCGAAAUGACUGCACUGUCCACAAUCUGGAGUACUGGUUAGGGGUAUUGGAGGGAGGGGAGGCAUUUGUUUUGGAGGAAUACGGCUCUUCAUUCACGAUGCCACCAUUCACUCUCUGUCAUGAACUGAACCAGGAGUAG